CCACUCCCGACGUUCCUGCCGCUCUUCAAGCUCAAGGUCACGUCACUCAACUAUACAGUACUCGAGUACAACGAAAACGGGGACAACAAAGCUGGGCAGGAUUAUACAUGAGAUAUAUGACUUCUAAACUAUUUCGACGCGUCAUGUCCUCCGGGAAUGGCAAGCCCAUAUUCUUUGGCCCAUUCGAGGUCACAGACCAGGUCUUCUACACAACCCCCCUCUCCUUCGCCCUCGUGAACAUCAAGCCUCUCCUCCCCGGCCACGUCCUCGUCUCCCCCCACCGCUCCGUCCCACGACUCACGGACCUCACCCCCCCCGAAGUAAACGAUCUCUUCCUGACCGUGCAACGCGUGCAGCGCAUGAUCGCAUUAAUGCACUUCCCGUCCCCCAGCACCCCCGAAGAGGGCGGGUUCAACAUCGCGAUCCAGGACGGCGUGGAGGCGGGCCAGAGCGUGCCGCAUGUGCAUUGCCAUAUCAUCCCGAGGUUGAGGGGGGAUGGGAAGGGAGAUGGGAUUUAUGAUGAGAUGGCGGGGGAGGGGGGGAAUGUGGGGGGGCAUUUGUGGGAUAGGGAGGUGGUGGGGAGGCCGGUGCCGGGGGGGAGGUUUCCGAGGAUUGAGGAUGAGAUGAGGGAGGCGAGGAGUACGGAGGUGAUGAGGGCGGAGGCGGCGGAGUUUAGGGAGAGGAUGAAGGAGUUGGAUGAGAGUGAGGCGGAGGUUUGAGGGUUGUGUGUGGGUUAGGGGAUAAGGGGGUUUGUGUGACGAUCAUUGUAUAGUAUAGUAAGGUUUGACGGGUGUGGAAUGGGAUAUGCAUAAUCAUCCUUGAGGGUAAUAAAUACACAGUCUGGUACUGCUUGGCUCACUACCAUACACACCAACUCAUCCC